AGAAAAUCAAAGUAUUUUUCACCUGGAAGAUUCGCCCAUCUUCGUUUUAUUAUUACCCAUUGCCUUUCCACCUGCCAUGGCGUCCUUCUCCCCUCUUGACAGUUACAAAGCACGCAGCCGAGGCCUGAUGCCGACGGGCAUCGUCAUCGACAAGUCAUGCCGCGUGUACGUGACGCAGAUUCCUCUCGAGCGCAUCGAGCGUGACGGCGCCAACGCGAUGAAGGCGGAGUUCGAAGUUUACGGCCCGCUCGAGUCGUAUAAAAUGUUCACCGACCGCUCCGGCCGCUUCGUGGGCAGCGCCCUCUGCACCUACCGCAACCCGGCAGAUGCCUCCAUGGCCAUCUACUGCAUGGACGGCGUCGAGGUGGAAAGCUCCACCCUGCACGUCGAGCCGGCCAAGGAGCACGGCGUGGUACUGCUCUCCGGCAGCAGCGGCAACAGCAGCAACAACCGCGAUCACAGUCGCGGGUUUCUGCGUGACACGCGCUGGCAGUCCGCGCGUGGUGGCCGUGGUGGAGACGGGGCACGGUGGCUGAACGCGGGGGGUGCGGGGGACGGGGAGGGGACAAAGGCGAACGGCACAGACGGGUCGGCCACGUCAUUUCCGCACGGCGAAAGUAUGGACAACGAACAGGCAGAAGGCCCCGUCAGCGGCGACGGCUUUGGUGCCUCGGCCUCCGAGGAGGAAGGGAAGUGGAGCCACGACAAAUACGAGCUCAUCGCAGAGGGGAGAGACAUGGACGAGGUCCUUGGCAUCCGUCGCCCGAUGCGUGGUGGGGCGCGUGGCCGCGGUGGCGGUCGCGGUGGCGGCAUGGCAGGUCAGCGUAGUGGCGAUCGAGUGGCCAUGGCGUUUGAGAGGUACAUUCACGAGCGAGACGUGGCGGUGGAGGACAAGUCGUUGCCGCCACCGCCCGCCUACACCGAUGCGGUCGCAGAGACCCCCACGGACGCCAACACUGCGGUGGCCAGUGCGGCUGAAAACGUAGAGACAAUGGGGGAAAUCGCCUUUGGCGAGGAUGAACCGACGACGACGGUGACAGGCAAAGAGUUCGGUGCGCUGCCGGGGGAAGCGAAGGAGGAAGCUUAG